AUGUGUGCAGGUCUUGUCCCCGAGCGCAUGCGGGCGUUCCUGACCCCAGGCAGGCUGCGACGCAUCGCAGCCUCCUUCAUCCUCUUCUACCUGGUGGGCGGCGCCCUGCUCUCAUCGGCGCUGCACAGCGCACGCAUGCAUGAGGUGAUGUACUCGGACUUCCUGGGUCAUGUGCAGCGUGGCGCCGUGCAGAACGUCAUGUUUGACGAGGACGCACAGCGCAUCGUGUUUGGCCUGGUGCCCACCCCUGCGGAAGUGGCGAGCCACGAGCUGAUCCCCAUCCUGCUUAAGGCCGGGGUCCGGUUUGGCGCCAUGCAGAAGACGCUGUCCUCCGUGGCCACGCGGGCGCUGACCACGGCGCUGGCGCUCUGGCUGCCCCUCGUCCCGCUGUACUUCAUCGGCCGCCGCGCGCUGGGCGGCAACCAGCGCGGCAAGCAGAGCCGCACGCCCAGCAAGGGCGCCGCGCUCUCCUCCGCGACCUUCGAGGACGUGGCGGGCGUGGACGCGGCCAAGCAGGAGCUGCAGGAGGUGGUGUCCUGCCUCAAGGACGCGGGGCGCUUUGCGGCGCUGGGCGCCAAGCUGCCCUCGGGCGUGCUGCUCUGCGGGCCGCCCGGCACGGGGAAGACCCUGCUGGCAAGGGCCGUGGCGGGGGAGGCGGGCGUGCCCUUCUUCGUGGUCUCUGCCUCCGAGUUCGUGGAGCUGUUUGUGGGACGAGGGGCGGCACGCAUCAGGGAGCUGUUCUCCGAGGCACGGAAGAAGGCGCCCUGCGUCGUGUUCAUUGACGAGCUGGAUGCUGUGGAGCUAGACGGCUUUGAUGGAAGGCCGGGCGUGCUCCUCCUGGCCGCCACCAAUCGCCCGGAGUCACUGGACCCCGCCCUCCUCAGACCUGGCCGCCUCUCACGCAAGAUCACGGUGCCCCUCCCCGACGCCACCGGACGGGCGGCGAUCUUGGCGGUCCACCUCAGGACGGUGAAGCUGGCAGGCAGUCCUGAGAUGCAGAGUGCCAUGUGCCGUGCGAUCGCACGGCUCACCCCAGGCAUGAGCGGCGCUGAGCUGAUGAACGUGGUGAACGAGGCGGCGUUCCUGGCUGCGCGCCGGGAUGCCGAUGCAGUGGACUUGCCGGAGCUGGUGGCGGCUGUGGAUAGGACAAGGAAUGGAGUCAAUGGCGGUGCUGCCACGCCUCUGUCGGUGCUGGGAUCUCGAUUGUCGAGGGGCAUCCAGCGGCUGAUCGGCGGCGGACCAGACGCCGCCCCAGCCCUGCCAGCAGGCCGGUCAGGGUAA